UUCAACAUUUGUAAACUUGACAAUUUCCUAAUAUUAGUUUUUUUUAAAUUUCUUUAUAAAAUUGUGGAAAAUUAAGGAAAAAAAUGGAUAAAUGGUUAAGGGAACGAUUGUCUACCUGUCUGGAUUUCGAGGUACCAGAUGACAUGAUUAAAUACAUAACAUCCAUGAAAUCUUCCGCUGAGUUUGAUGAAUAUUUCGAGACUUUAUUGAAUAAGGAAUGUGAAGAUCAUCGCUUGUUUUUGUCCGAUUGUAAGCAACGACUUUUUAGUAAAGCUUUACCCAAUAAAAAACAACAACAAAAUUCCAACAAUCAAAAGAAAGCACAAGGCCAUGGCUCUUCCGUAAUAAAACAAAAUCAAUCCAGUAAUAGUGGUGCGAACCACAAAACUCAUGAUGCUAAUCAAAACCAACACAACCCUCAAUCACAAGGAGCAAAAAAGAAAACGAAGUAUGUAAACUUAUAUACCAACGAUGGUAAUGUAGUCGAUGCUAUAAUGCUUAAAGGAAGGCGUCUGUGCAAUUGCCAGGCCUCACAGCAUAAACUGGUAAACAAUUGCCUAAGUUGCGGACGUAUUGUUUGCGAACAAGAGGGUAGUGGUCCUUGCCUGUUUUGUGGUGAGCUAGUCUAUACCAAUGAGGAACAACAGGUACUCAAAUCAUCUGGCAAGAAAAGUGAUAAUCUCUUAAAGUCCCUCAAAGAAAAGGGUGGGGGAGAAGCUUUGAAAAAGGCUCUAGAACAGAGAGAUCGUUUAUUGGAGUAUGAUCGUAAUAGUGAAAAACGUACCACUGUAAUCGAUGAUGAGCUGGACUAUUUCGAAGAAAACUCUGUUUGGCACUCCGAAGAACAGAGAGCCACCUUUGAACGGCUCAAGCAGGAAAUGCAUGAACGCAAACAUGCCAGUCGUAUUAAUCGUAAGAUUAAAGUGGAUUUUGCAGGUCGUGAAGUGGACGAAGACGUUACUAUUAGCCAGGAAUAUGAACGUGAAGUUUUGAAAGAAGUUGCUGCAGUGAAUGCUAAAAGUGAUAAUUCUAGCAAUUGGUCUAAUCGCAAACAUUCUGACAAAUGGGAUAAUGCUGGGGAUUUAGAUCCUAAUAUGGAUGCUGCUCGUCCUAUUUAUAGACCUUCUGCUGAGGAGAAGGCCAAAAGUAAAGGUCCAACUUUAAAUGAUGGUCUUGAACGAAUUUAUAAUCGGGUUCAGGAUAAGGAACUAAUGGAAAUGCAAGAUAUGCGACAGUGUUUGUCUAUGCAUCAACCUUGGGCCUCAUUACUGGUAGCGGGGAUUAAGAAACAUGAAGGUCGUGUUUGGUACAGUGAACAUCGUGGUCGAUUAUGGAUUGCUUCUACAGCCAAAGAGCCCAGACCGGAAGAAAUACAAGAACUAGAAAACUUUUAUAAACAAUACUACAAUGAUCCUACAAUUAAAUUCCCUGAACAUUAUCCCACCGGUUGUCUAUUGGGUUGUGUUAAGGUUGAUGAUUGUUUGGCCCAGGAAGAGUAUCGUGAAAUUUAUCCUGAAGGAGAAUCCGAAUCUCCUUAUGUUUUUGUUUGUUCCAAUUUUGAACAAUUGCCGGUAGUGUUUCCAAUUAAAGGACAACAUAAGAUAUAUCAAAUUGAUCCUAAAAUCCAUAAUGCUGCCUGUAAGACUUUAAUGCGUUUGAAAGCUACUAAGGGUUAAGAAGAGAGAGCAUUCCCUAAGAAAAGAUUAUAAAUAUAAAAACUUAUUCGAAAAUUGGAUUUUAAAACUGAAUUGUUAUUUCCACCAUUGAAGUGGUUAAAAUAUUCUUACAUGAAUAAAAA